GGUCGUCUGCGUCGAAGUUUGUGCGGCAGCAGAGAAACAGCAGAAAAUUUGCUACAGGAAAAGAACUGUGUGUGCAUAAGGUGGCGUUUUCCUGCCCAGCAUUCGCUUGGGAAGCGCCUUAGGAUUAUCCGAACUGUGUGCGUUUUUGUUUUACAUUGAAAAAAAUAAGCGUUUUCCAUCCGUCUUGUCACCGUGCUGUCAAUCGAAUACCAUCGCGACAGCAGUGCAUUGUGGACGCAAAGAAUUCGCUACUUCAACCUGGUCCAUUUUGUCUUGCGAGGUCCCGUCGCGAAGAUGUUACGUGUGCAUUGUGUGUUUGUUGUGUCGGGUGUGCAUUAUUGAUUCUCAAAUGUUACAUUAAACUGUGGAAAUAUCGUGGAAUUGUGAGUUGAAAAAUCGGUCUCGAUCGUCGUCAUCGCUUUUUUACCUUCCUCCAUCGGGGUAGCUCGAUUGUCAAAAGUAAAACGAAAGAAAGAAAGCCGGAAAAGGGGAAUGCGUGAAAGAGUGAGGAUGAGCUGAGUGUGGUGAAGUGGUCACGGUUUGUUUUCGCUGCUGCGUGAAAGAGUGUGCAUAUCGUUUCGGUUCUCUUGGCUUCGCAGGCGUGCGAAAGAAAGAGAGCGCGUGUUCGUUGGUGAAAAUAUUUCCCUGUGCAUCGGUCGUGCAAGUGCAAAACCGUGAAUAUCCGUGCCCGUAUUACGAUAUUUUCGUCGUUUUCUUCACGCUGCCAGUGCCGUGCAAAACGUGCAUUUUGCAGCAUCUGCAAAACGCCACCAAGCAGUGAGCAGUGAGUUGUGAGCAGUGAGCAGCAGCAGCAGCUCGUGGAAGCGAAAAAGUGUCUUCGAAGAAGCAAAACAAGCUGGAAUGAAAUGAUGUCCAAUCCGGAGCCCAAACGUGCGGUUCCAUCUUGAGGGCUCUGGCGAAGCUGUUUUUCCAGCUCACCGUCAGCGUUUCGUGUGCUCGGCCCGGAAGUGAACGGUUCGGAUGGUCAAGAAAAGGGACCGUUUUUUACCAGCUGCAAAUCACCCCCUAGCGUCGACGGUCGUCUUGUCGUGGAUUACUCAUCGGAAUCAUUUUGCGUAGUGUGUGGCUCGGUCGUCUUGUUGCGUGAUUUCGUCAUCAUCCGAGCGUUCGAUCCGCGGGGUCCGCGCUGACACCACACUCCGCGCCACCGUAGCAACCUUCACCACACAACGCCCGUCGGUUGUGUGCCAGUGGUUGAAGAUUGUGCGUGUUCGGCUCUCGGAAGCUGAAGUCAGCCUGGUUCACCUGUCUCGUAUCCUGGCGAAACCCCGUUUUAUUUUCUCGCGAGUGUAGCAAAAAGUCCUUCUAGUUCUUCCCAGCGUAGUCACCAACGCGAGGGGAGAAAACGUCGGUAAUGAAUUUUACAUCGUUCCGAUUGGGCUGGUGAAAAACUUCCUCUUCUCGCAUCAAAGCAGCUCAGGCAGAAAGCAAAAAACAAUCUCAAGGAAAAUGGAUACCCAACAGCAGCAGCACCAGCAGCAGCUGCCAUCAACACGCUCUGCCUACGACAUGGAAACCCAGGAAUCCCGCUAUGCCAAACAGAAAUCCUCAGUCAGAUGGUUGCUCUCGAAAGCGUACAACAAUCGUGUGCCAGAUAUUCUGAAGGAUCCGUUCUACCGGGACCACGAAGGCCAGGACCAUCUGAAGCCCCAGAUCGUGGUCGGGCUGGGGAACGCGUCGAUCUACUGUCAGGUGCUGAGCAACAUCUACUCGGACCCGAACUACCAGAGCCUGAACCACUGGUCGAUCCUGCAGACGCUGUCCCGCAAGGGCGUACCGCUGAACGAGUCCUCCGAUCAGCCGCUCACGGAGACGGUGCUGAUUCAGACGAAUCCUCUUAGAAUUAAUGCACAUAUGACUGUGAUAGAAGCGCUGAUGGUGUUAUACGCUAAAGAAGUGGCUUCCAGUGGAAGAAUUUCCAGUGCUUUAGAAAGAAUUUCUGGCCGAAGUGUAGCGCCCACGGUUCAGCAUCAUGAAGCUGCCUUACUGAGCUGGGUUUCGCACGUUUGUGGUGCGCUCAAGAAGCGCAUCGACUACGAAAUGGCAGCCAACGGAGGCAGCGGAGCAGUGGAUGAAUACGGUCAACGGCACCAAAGCCCGGACGUUCCACCUGUACGAGACUUUCGUGAGCUGUGCGACGGUGUUUGCCUGGCUUAUCUAAUCUCGUACUACUGUCCCAAACUAGUUCCUUGGCAUAGCGUUAAAUUCAACCACGUCCCAACUAUUGAGGAUUCGAUUCACAAUAUUCUCAUAGUUAGUAACUUUUCCGAGCGAAGUUUGCCAUACACCGUGUUUCACAUGUCUCCCGAGGAUAUCACCUAUAUGCGAGGUUCAAUGAAACAGAACCUAGUGGUGCUGCUGGCGGACCUGUUCAAUCUGUUCGAAAUCCAUCCGGCCAAAUGUGUCUGCUAUCCGGGCAUGGAGCAGCAGUCCCCAGACGCAACUGGAGUCGGCGCGACUAAUGAGCACGGCAUUGCCCACCGGCGGGGCUUUGCGAAUCAACCAACGAUCGCGGCCAUUCCCGAUCUGCGCCCUGGGCUCGACUCGCCACCGGGCAGCAGCGGCGGUAGCGGCACGAGCAGUGGUGGCGGUGGAGGCGGUGGCAGUGUCCCUGGCAAUGGCGCCAUUAAUCGGCCGCCGUUUCAAGUCAAUCGGUCGCCCUCGGCCAGCACACUCAGGAAGCAGCAUAUCGCGAGCCGGGAAGUGCCGGAGCAACAUCAGCCGCAUCAGCUGUACCAGCAGCAGCAGCUGCAGCAGCAAUCAUCAUCACCGUACCAAGCGGAUCCGGAGGAAGGAUUCGUUGUACACCGAAGCAAAGGAGUGCCAACGCUGUCGUCGAUGCAAGAACCACUGGUACCGGCCAGGAUAAGGCAAGCCAAGGAAAAGACCAACAAUGAUUCCAAGGCGGAAGAACGAGGUGAUAGCAUUCCGGCUGGUCGGCCAAGCAACUGGGAAGAGACACGCAAGCCCAGCUUCUCAGGACGAAGAUCACGUCGGAAUUCGUUCAGCGAUGAUUCGCAGCUGACGAUCGAAAACUUUGGCGGCUCGCAGGAUCAGCUAAACACGGUCGGGCGGUUCGAGCGGGAGCGUAAAAUUUCCAACACCAGCCUGACGUCGAUCGAACCGGUCGUCCCGACGCGAUCCUCACUCGCUGACGCGCGCGGUUCCAUCCAGUUCGGCUACGAUACGGACUCGGGCAAUGAGAAGCAGGAUCGUGACACGGAGAAGCCCCCGGGCAGCAGCAGUGGCAGUGGCACCCUGCGACGUCACAACAGCACCACCCUACAUUCCAACACGAUGAUGACGGGGGCGGCCAGUAUCGGCAGUAAUGGUGGUGCAGGUGGUUCGGUCGAGCGAGAUCUCGUCGAUGGAGACGGCACACCGACGAUGGCAACCGGUGCUGUGUCCGUGUCGGAGGUGGAACUUACUCCCCGCCGGAAGACAUCGUUCGCCACACUGCCAAACAACACUACCACCUGGCAACAACAAGCCAUAAGCGUACAGAAGAUGGAUGAUGUUGAUGACGCUCAGCCGCUGGAGGAUGCCACGAAAAUAUCCACCAUCAAGCUGAAGCUGGAAGAGAAGCGGCGCCUGAUCGAGCAGGAAAAGCGUCGCAUCGAGUCCGCCUGGUCGAAGCAGCUGCAAACGGUUGGCAAACAGGCUUUCUUACAAGCAAUUAACAAGAGUAAAAGUGGCAGCAAUGUCGCCGCCACCGGCGAGCCGGAAUCCACCUCGAAAGAAUCGAACGACGGGGCUACGGUAGUAGAGGAUGAGAUUGUAGUAGAAAAGGCGGAACGACCCUGUUCGCUCAAGGAUUUGGAUGACCACAGCAAGUAUGAGCAGAAGUGGAAUGCACAAAUAAUCGAACCGAAGAAGACUCCCGAUCUGGAGAACAUGGACCUGGAACAGUAUCAACAAAGCAUCUCGAAAAUGAACUCCAACUUGCACGAUAUUCAGGCGGACAUACAGCGUCUCACGCAGCAGCAGUCGCAAAUCCAAGCCCAAACGCUGCAGGCACAGCAGCUCCUGCAUGCGCAACAAAUAGCCAAUCUGCUCAAUCAGCAGUACGGUUCACAGCAAAGCAUCCCGGCCACGACGUACCGCCCGAUGAACACCCAACUGUUCGGUUCUAGUCCACAUCUGCCGCAACAGCAAUCGUCGCCUAUUAACUACGGCAUGCGGCCACCCAGUCGCGAUCCGUACCUAUCGCAGCAACAGCAACAAACGAUGCAGUACAUCAACGAGCAGGGCCAGUACAUGCCGCAGCAGCCAAACUAUGGACCUCCGGCCCAUCACCAGCAGCAACAGCAGCAGCAUCCACAUCACAGCCACCAUCUAGUGUAUCCGGUGGCUCGUGAGCAAAGUCAACCGCAGCUGAUUAGCGAGCAGAACGGCGGUGGACCGUAUCGUACAAUGAGCAAGGAAAGUCACCAGUACUCGUCCAAUCCGUACUUGAACAUGGAACACCAUCAGCAGCAGCAGCAGCAACAACAGUUCUAUCACCAGGACUCGAACCACUACCGGGAUCCGUACCAUCCACAGGAACUGAAGGAGUCCCCGCUGCCACAGCAGCAACAGCACGGUGGGCAGUUUUUCCUCCAUGACAACAACGCUACGCCACCGCAACCGGCUCAGCGCCGCACUUGGGCACAAUCAGCUGCAGCGGCCGGUGUUGCCCCGGGCGGUUCACCGGUUAUUCCCGGUGGUGCAAGCGUCAACAGUAUGGUUGACGUGAACGCGUGGAAUCACGGUCCCAAAGCGGGUGGUAUCGUCGGCGGGUACAACAAAUCGCCGGCCCAAAGUGGAGGAUUCUCGCUGCAUCAAAACGGAGGUGGAGGGGGUGAUGGCGAUAGUGGUUACGGCGGGGGACGCGUCGGAAGCGGCGGCAGCGGUGGUAGCCAGCAGUCAUUCCAGAAUCUGUUCGAGGUGCACCACCCGCACCAUCACAAUCUCGGACAGUCGGCUGCCAGUCCGCAGCACAGCAAGGUGCGCAAUCAAAUCUCGCAGAUGAUGAUCAGCAACGGCAACAGUCCCUCGAGUGGUGGCGGUGCGAUGCUGGGAGGUGGAGAUUACCGUGACAAUCGUAGUAUGCCACUGUCCCCACCGAUCGACGAUAUGGCACCGCAAAGCAUUUCCUUCAUCGGCGACGAGGAUACGGGAGACGUCGAGAUUAACACCUCGAAGAGUGGUGGUGGAAAUAAUGAUAGUUUUAGCCUAAGGCAGCAACAGCAGCAGCUUGAAGCGUUGUACGGAAGCAGCAAGGGACCGGGCGCCGGUCAUCGGAAUAGCGUUGGAGGAGGCGUGCAGGAUCUGGACAAACAUCUGAGCAAACUGAACAUUACUAGUGGAAAUCGUACUUAUAGAAUACCUUCGCCGACGCGUCCCAGUCUCAACUCGAAUAGUUUCCAUGACCCGCAGGAGGAUGUGAACGAGAAAGGAUUCUACAUUUCGUUCGACAACGAGCAACCGAAGCGACCAAAGCCUCCACUGCGAACAAAACGCUCCCCAAAGAAGGACAAACCGCCUGGCGGUGAGUCUACCGAGAGUGAGAAACGUCGGGACAGCAUCAGCGACAAACCGUCGGCCAGAGUAGAAACCAAUGCCAACAAUUUCGGAACGUACAGCGUCAAGACGGCGAGCAAUUUCUCGAGCAGCUUCAACGAGGAACACAACGCGGCGCACACGCGGAAGAGCAUCAUUGCUGACCACAGUGGGGCAUCGCCUUUCGAGCCGGUGGUACACAAGGUGAAUGUCGCCGGUACCAUGACCAUGCACCACCAGCCACAGAUGGCGAUGGGCGAUGAUAACGGGCUGAGCCACAACAACAAUAACCACCACAACAACCACCACCAUGGCCACUACAGCAGUCACAACAACAGCAGCGAUGGCUACGGAAGUGAAACGGAGCGGAAGGCAAAGAUUGUCAUCGACGUUUCGACCGAUCAGACCUCUGUCGAUGAGAUGGAACGAAAGAAGGAGAAAAUCAUGCUGCUGUCUCUGCAGCGACGACAGCAGGCCGAAGAGGCCAAGGCCCGAAAGGAGAUCGAAGCGAUGCAGCGGCGUGAAAAGGAGCGAGAAAAGGAGGACGAGCGAGCCCGGAAGAAAGAGGAACAGUUUGCCCGCCGCCAAGCGAUCCUCGAGGCGCACAAGCUCAAGAAAGCCAUCGAAGAAGCGGAGAGAGAAGGAAAGACAAUCGAUCGAGAACUACAGCUGAAACACCAGCAGUAUCAGCAGCAGCUCCAUCAAACGCAACACUCGACGCCGACGCCGGUGGCAAAGCUGCGAACGCAAAAGCUAAGCCGGCCGCGACCGAAAACCAUCCACGUCGAGUCCGGCUCGGUUGAUCUUAGCGAAGCGUCCAGCCUCAGCAGUCGGGGAAAGAAGGGUUCCAACUCAAACCUAACCGGUCUCGGUAUGCAUAGUGCGUCGAACACGAUACGCCGGGAUUACUACCGGGGAUCACAGGAUUCACUUGCAAUCAGAGAAUCACCGGACGAGUAUCCUAGCAGUAGCUCUACGCCGAUUGGUCGCCGAGGAUCAUACAAAACUGGAAGAGAACCGGCCACGAUCGAACGAGGUCGCACACUGUCCCGUAUCUCGCUAGCGAAAGGUGCCAAUUUCCGGGGACGUAAAUCGAACUCCCUGAUGAAUCUAUGCGAUUCCGACUCUGGGCUGGGACGUGCGACACCACCGAGGCGGGCCCCAUCGCCGGGAAUGGGCCCGUCGAGCCGCCAUCUGCCUUCGCCGUCCGGCCCUGGAUCGCUGCCACCUGGGUUGAUAACGAAACGGCGCGGCUUCGACGACGGUUCCAGCGAUAUCUCGUCCAACGCGAGCUCCAUGAUGGACUACAAUGGCCCGAGACUGUACAAGCAACCAGCAACGAAAUCCAACCGCGGCAUCAUCCUGAAUGCCGUCGAGUACUGUGUCUUCCCGGGUGCGGUCAACCGUGACGCCAAACAGAAGGUCCUGGAGAAGAUUGCCCGCUCGGAGGCAAAGCAUUUCCUCGUACUGUUCCGCGACGCCGGUUGUCAGUUCCGUGCACUCUACGGCUACUGGCCGGAAAACGAGCAGAUCAUCAAGCUGUACGGUACCGGACCGAGCCAGGUCGACGAUGUUAUGUUCGACAAAUUCUUCAAAUACAACUCGGGCGGCAAAUGCUUCACCCAAGUGCACACCAAACACCUCACCGUUACGAUCGAUGCGUUCACGAUACACAACUCGCUGUGGCAGGGCAAGAAGGCUAAUCUGCCGAGCAAAAAGGACAUGGCGCUGGUGAUUUGAGGAACGUCGCGCGACGUCCGGCGUUCCCAUUCCAUCCGCUCCACCGACACAACGGCGUCCACUACGUCCGCUACUCCCACCUUUCGUCGGACAGCGACCUUCAUCUAAGUACGAUCGAUCGUAAACGUGCAGAUUUUCCGGAACCGGCGUGAAGCCAACGCCCCGAGAGAACGAGCUCACGUGGAGCAAAAAGCAGAUGCUUCCCAAGAGCUGACACAAGAGGAUAUAUUGCACACAUGGCUUUCCUUUCUUUUAUUGAGCAGUCGUUAUUUGUAUUCUUUCAACGAGUAUUUUCCCUACGGAAAGAUCGUAGUGAUUACGUUAAUUUUUGUUUUUCAUUUGCAUUAUUUGUUUAUAUCUUCUUGUCUCAUUUUGUUACUAAACUGCCUUAAAGAGGUCGUAUGCGAUGGGCGCAAACACGCGACCUAGAAUAAAAACUCCUCAUAUUGAAAAUAAAAACACGGAAAAGACAGCAAACCCUCUGUGCUAAGAGGGAAAAGCAAACCCCGAUAGCGGUGAGCCAAUGAGUUACGAGUCAGUUUGUUUAACCGACCAGAAUAUAGCCCAAUGCGAGAAGUUAACUUUUUUUAGACAAAAUUACUUUUGCGGUCUUCGUAUUUCUUAAUACAUUCACUGCGUAAAGUUUGAUUUUUUUUUCAUAAGGACAUUCCUGAAAUGAAUAUCCCCUCUUCUCGGAAGUGAUUUUGGUGGAACGAGUCUCAAAUGAAACGAAAAAAGUAAAAAGAUGCAAAUAAGUUGGCAACGGUAUCUUUCAGAUGUUUUAUUUUUUAAAUUUCCAUCCAAAGCUAACCUGAUCGAACCUUCUGUUCCUCUGUUUGUCUUUAACUUUCCCCCAUGUUUUUCUUCCUUCCUUCUAGUUUCUAAAUUAUACAUUAGGAGAAAAAGAAUGAUGGACGAAACUGAUCAAACUGAUAGAUAAAGUAGUUAACCGUACAUAAUUAUUUGCUGCAGCAAAAGCUAAAAAAACGACACAAACCGAUGGUGACGAUUUAAGUUACAACGUGUAUGCAUUAAACAAGCUAUAAAUUAUUAAUCAACCAUUAUUGUUAACAGCGCGCGAGGCGAAAAAGAGAUAACAACACCCAUGUUAUUGAAUUAAAGACUAAUUAUUACUUCUACCUUAUUGUUUGUUAAUGCUACUUUCUUUCUUUUCUCUCUAAUAAUUACCACUGAUUGAAAUAACGAGCAUCAGUCGUACCGUUAGUCGGUUAACAACAUGAUAGAAAUAUGCAUACACAUUCAAGUAAAAUUAUUAAUAAUUAUUAUAAUUAUUAUUUCGAUAGAUGACCACAUCCUUUCCAAAAGAAUAAAGCUAAUUUCCCUCUGCGUGCAAACAUCGAGACGCGCGAGACAUAUCCGGAUAACGGUUGCACUGAAGAUAACACGUGCAGGUAACUUUAUUGUUAGUGGAUUCGUUUUUUUUUCUGUAAAAUAUAUGCUUACAAUUACGAUAAUCUCUGACUCAUCGCGAGUGUUGGCAAAGCAGUAACCAUCGGGCGAGGAAGGGACUAGGCAGACAGGUAGAGGACCCGGAGAGGGGGAAUCCUGUUGAAUGAUGCAGGAGCGAAAACUGUCAUUUUAUAAUACCUAAGUUAAAACAAAGAUCAAAUAUAAUCGUUUUUAUUAAUA